AUGAUCAACAUGGCGCUUAUUUUUAUGAAUUCGCACUUCAUGCGUAGUUGUGUCCGUCAUAUCUGUAGCAUAGGGUCUGUACAAACUGUAUGAUUUGUAGGCUUGAUUAGUGUAGCUUGGUGGACCUUUUCGUUGCGUUUCAAAUUACGCGACCGUCCCGUUACAGUUAUUCGAGUUCUGCGGCGAAAACCGGCAUGGAUUACAACGAUUAUCAAGUUUGCGAGGACUCGGACAGUGAAGGCUACGACAGUAGCAGUUCUGAAGAUGCCUUCGAAGCCUAUGUGCGUCAGAAGUAUCUGUCACGGCCUGAUGACGAUGAAGACGAUUUCGAGAAGGAGAUGGAGAACGAGCUCUCUGCGACGUUCAAACACUUCGAGCAGAAACAGCUGUUUGACGCUGGUUCUACAGACCCCGCGAUCGGCGCUGGACCGGCCCGUCAACGACUAGCGGGGAAAGGUCAGCAAGGACACACCACCGAAAAACCUGGCCAGCCUGAAGGUGGCCUCAAAGAUGCAGGGACAGAGGUUCGUAAAACAGAUGACUCCGUGCAGCGGAUUGCAGCAGACGACGGAGCACCUGGUGGCCUCAAAGAUGGGAGGACGGAGGUUCACAAAGCGGACGACUCUGUGGAGAUGACUGCGGCAGACAACAGAUCGUCCAAGCCAAAAGCAGGGGAUGACAAGAGUGCCGAGAAGAGCGGUCCGUCCAAUGACGACCUCUUCUACGAUCCGGAAAUGGAUGACGAAGACGAGAAAUGGGUGAACGAACAGCGGAGGAGCUGCAUAUUUCCCAACGAGUCCAAGCAAGAAAAGGACGGCGGUAAAGUCAAGCCGUUGCCGCUGAGUGACGCGGUCCUCAAUUGCCCUGCCUGCAUGACUCUUCUCUGUCUUGACUGUCAGCGGCAUGAAAUCUACAACACCCAGUACCGUGCCAUGUUUGUGAAGAAUUGUGUGGUCGACAGGAAAGAAACCCUUAGAUGUCUGCCAUCGAGGUCAUCAGCGCGCCGCCGAAACCUUCCCGAAGGUGUCAGCGACCCACGUGACCUCUUCAACCCCGUGCGCUGCCAAGUCUGCCGAACAGAGGUCGCAGUGUACGACAGCGAAGAGGUGUACCAUUUCUUUAAUGUCAUUGCAAGCUUUUCGUGAAGGACGAAAAUCCCGGUGCAAUGUAACUGCGUCGAGGCAAUGUAUAUAGACUACUGUAAAUAAAAGCUCACAAAGUGCUUUA